CACCACGGACGCGAACUCAACGUAUCACAGGAGCCCAUACAGACAUCCCGACUUUAACCUGGUUCUAGCAUACGUGCAGCAUUCAACUUACUCGGCUGUUCACUGAAUCGGACUGUGUCAGUAGGAGGGAAUCAUCGUAGUGACCCUUUCGACCCGGUCGAAAGUGGAGGAACAUAGGGCUCAGCUUGAAAUCGCUACUCUGUGCUGGAAAGGUUCAGGCAUUGUUGUCUGUGCUUUAGGAUCAACAGGAUCGUCGUACCGCCACCACUGAGGCUCAUCACCUACAUCCCGGACCUUUUGUCAUGCCUCCUCUCGCCGUAUCCAUGAAGCACACAUCGCAGAACAGUACCAUCCCUCCACGUCCUAUCCAAACCUCCCAGACGGCAACUCCAACCGCCGCUCCUAUGCCUCUCCCCGUCUCAACCUCUCAUUCUCACACGCACAAUCACAACAACCACAAUCACCUCGAUGUUGACCCUUCCUCCAUGACAUCGACCAUCUCGGGAACCUCGGCAUCUUCAGCACAACCUAGCGUCUUGACCGAGGACGAGGAGGAUCUCGAGGAUUAUCGGCCUGGGGGUUAUCAUCCAGUGCAUAUAGGCGACGCGUUCAAGGAUGGGAGAUAUGUGAUCGUGAGGAAGUUGGGGUGGGGGCACUUCAGUACCGUCUGGUUGGCUAGGGAUACGACGAUCAACAAGCACGUCGCGCUCAAAGUCGUCAAAUCGGAUGGUCAUUACACCGAAACCGCACUGGACGAGAUACAGCUCCUCCAAAAGCUCGUUACGUCCAACCCGAACCAUCCGGGACGAAGACACACCGUGCAGCUGCUUGAUGACUUUCGGCACGUCGGACCCAACGGGUCUCACGUGUGCAUGGUGUUCGAGGUGUUGGGGGAGAACCUGUUGGGAUUGAUCAAGCGGUACCAGCAUCGAGGGGUCCCGGCACAUAUCGUCAAGCAGAUCACGAAGCAGGUCUUACUCGGGUUGGACUAUCUGCAUACGGAGUGCGGGAUCAUUCACACGGAUCUCAAACCGGAAAACGUCCUAAUCUGUAUCGAGGAUGUCGAAGCGGUGGUCGCGGCGGAGUUGGCGACAUGUCCGGCCGCGGUACCUACCAAGAUCGUCGGCGUGCCACCGAGUCAGGGUCGUGGCGGAACACAGACGCCGAGGAGGGAAGGUAUCUUUAUCACCGGAUCCCAACCUCUGCCUAGUCCAAGUAGUAGUUAUGGGUCGAGUCCGAUGUUGGACAAGUAUGGGUUCGGGAUGAGCAAGAUCUCGGCGGCGGGCAGCCUGGGAAAGAGUCUGUUGGCGCAAUCGAUGUUGACGUCGUCAGCGGCAGCUACCCCGGAUUCUGGCUCAACGACGAAUGGUGGACCGGCAGCGGGUCGGACGGGCUCGUCGGCGGAUUCUAUCAAAAACGGGUUGGGCAACGUCAAGCUCAAAGAGGGAAGCCCGGGAGACUCUAGCUUUGGGCAGAAAAACCGAGCAAUCCCGGCGAAGAAGAUGGGCCCUUCACUGCUCUCCCAGCAAUUGGGACAGAACACUACACCAAGCCCAAGCAAUGUUUCGCCAGCACGAAUUGGGGAGACGCAAAAGGACGCGGAAAAUGCGGCAAACGUUAACGGCACUCGCUCUGAUUCCCCUGCGGUCAACGAUACACCGACCGCACCGCCACACGCUCCGCUUCCCGCUGUGUCGGGCGAGACAGAUGUCUCCCAACCCAUGCCUUCUGGGUCUACUGCACCACCUUAUAACCCCCUGCAGCAACAACCUCAUACCUCUGUCAUGGUCAACGAUCCGACAACGCUUCCCCCUCCUGCACCUUAUGACCCAGAUACCCUGCAGAUGAUCGAAGUGAAAAUUGCCGACCUGGGUAAUGCCUGUUACGUCGAUCACCAUUUCACCAACGAUAUCCAGACCCGGCAGUACCGGUGUCCAGAAGUCAUCCUUGGUAACAAGUGGAAUGACCGGGCGGAUUGCUGGUCGAUGGCAUGUCUGACGUUUGAGCUGCUGAGCGGGGAUUACCUGUUUGAUCCUCAGAGCAGCAGUCGGUAUUCGAAAGACGAGGAUCACAUGGCACAGGUGAUCGAGCUGCUGGGCGAGAUGCCUCGGCCCCUCGCCCUGGGUGGAAAGUACAGCAACGAAAUCUUUACGCGUAAAGGAACCCUGCGCAAUAUUCAGAAACUCCGUUAUUGGGGUAUACGCGAAGUUUUGACUGACAAGUACCUGCUCGACCCUCGCGAGGCAGAGACGCUGGCGGACUUCUUGAUGCCGAUGCUCAAAUACGACAUCAAUGAGCGAGCGCGUGCCAGAGAUUUGAUCGACCAUCCUUGGCUGGACGGCAUUCUCGUACCGGCAGAGAUUGACGAACUGCAUAGACUGGCUCAGGCAGAGGAAGACGCGCAAGCUGCUGCAGCCGGAAACACGACAACCGAAGAAUCAUCAAAGGCUUGAUAUACCUAGCCGAAUACCCUACCAUACCUCCCCCUGCACCGAAUG